UGAAAUAAAGUUUAAUUGUCUAUGGAAGACCGAUUUAACUUUUAUUUUUUCUUCGGUGGUUUAAAAAUUUAAAAAAAUGCAAAAAUAUUAAUUAAUGUGUAAAAAAAGGAAAGCAUUUCAAAAUGUUUCUCAGAACCUGGAGGCCGCUUAGAGUUUCGUACAAUUAUUGUAAAUAUCUAUCUUCCCAGAGGCCGGACACUUCGUUUAGCGACGCAGUUGUAUUGAGCGAUACUUGUGUACAAAAGUUAAAACAGCUGUGUGACGGUAAUGUUUUUUUAAGACUAUGUGUGGAGAGUGGAGGCUGUUCAGGAUUCCAGUACAAGUUUGAUUUGGAUGACAAAUUGGCGGACGAUGAUAAAAUAUUUGAGAAAGAUGGCGUACGGGUUGUGGUUGAUGAGACUUCUCUAGAAUACAUUAAAGGCUCAACAAUAGAUUACCACACAGAAUUGAUCCGGUCAGCUUUUAGAGUGGUACAGAAUCCAAAUGCAGACCUUGGUUGUUCUUGCGGUGCUAGCUUUUCCAUAAAAAUUGAUUAGUUUUUCAUAUUAAGUAGACAAUUAUAAUCUUUAUUACUUAGAUAUGUUUGUAAAAAGUUAGGAGUUUAAUAAAUAAUUAUGGGUCCCUUAUACUAGUCA